AUGGGAGCGGAGAGUAGCGGCGAGAUUAAGCCCUCUGCGGCCGACCAUCAAGCUUCCGAUGACUCAGAUGCAGAUCUCAAGCCGCUGCUUGACGAUAUCAAGAGUGUCGACGCGGAAAGUGAUCAAAUUAUCGCAUCAUUUGAUCGCUUCCCACAGCUUUCGGACCCUUUCAAACGUUACUCAUUCAUUGAGUGUAGCUGUCCGCGAUGCGAAGAUGCGUUAAUAACCCCUCCCGAUAUUCGGGAGUUCACACUGCCAUAUGCUCACAAUGUUCUCGAAAAGUACGAGACACUGAGAAAAUGGGUCGAGUCAUACGAGACGGUGAUUCAGAAUCGAUGGGCCAAAAAAGGGUCCAAGAAACGUCGAGCACUUCUGAUUCGCGUUUGGCCACAUAUGGCCACAGUCCAUCGAUCUGACUACGCUAUCACCUCACAUAGGCCUGCAGAGAAGUUGGAAGGGUACCUAUGGCCACAUAUCAACCUCGAGGAUUUGUCAACUGAGCCAGGCGCCUUUCUACUGUUUCUCAAAUCCCGCGGACGCAAUCACCCUAGUGAGUUCGUGGAAUUUGACACGGACUCAUCUCGAAUGGGACAAUGUUCGUGCGGUGUUCUCUCCAACCCUCAGAUCAGAAACUACUAUGAAGAUGGCUUCGGUGGUCAGUUUCGCAUUAUCUACCGUGGUGCGAUGGACCCCUUAGCAUACGGACGCAUCGAGUACAAAGGGCUUGAACAAGAAUGCCACGAAGGAAAACACAGCUUCGUUUGCCGCAAUGGCAUGCCCAUGGAAAAGGGUAUAUUGGCUCUCGAGACCCAGCAGCGCAUAUAUGAUUUUCUCGUCACGAUGUGUGAAGCUAUCAUGCACGAUAUCUCCCCCUCAGCACUUGCCGCCGCCCGUCCGGCAACAGAGCCUUCGGCAUACUCUUGCAGCGCGAAGCAGAUGACAUCGCUGGAGGCUGCAGCCUUCGAAGCUCCCUAUCGUGUUCCGACUUCCAUGGACAUCCCACGUAUGACAGACAUGCUCGAAGCACGCCUCCAAGCAGCUGAAGAUCAUCUGCAUAGCUUACAUGAAGACCCUCGAUAUUUCGAAUAUACGAUAUUAGAGUGGAAGGAGCACUCGAGGCGGAUGGUCCAUUCGCGGGAUCCUACCCAUGAGCUCCGUGAUCCGACAACAGAGCGAGGCUUUGAAGCAUGGAGAGAGGUGGUUUCGCAAGUCCUGGGUCAUGCCUUCAGGUCUGUCGAUGUAUGGGAUACCAUUCUUACCAAGACAAGGAAUCUGGAGAAGCUCGGGAACCGAUGGUCAUCAAAACUCUGUAAGACUUCUGACCUCCCCGAAGAAUAUGCUCAGGGGUUCCAUACUCUUUUGCAAUACCUUCGAGACUCCAUGCUUUGCUCCGCACGUCAACUCCGCAACGGCUUUGACGCUUCAGGCCCUGUCAGGGCCUAUCUCUUGCAUAAAACCAUCUGUCGCUACAACUCAAGCAAUGAGAAAGAGUUCGCCAAGUCUUUGAAGCGCAUGGACGCCAGUCACAAGGACCACAAGGACUUGGAAGACAAGAUAGCACAAAUUUCAGGCUGGAAACCUUUCAAUUGCCUGACCAUGGACGUUAUCCUGGAUGCCUUGGAGAGGCUGAAAAAGGAACGACCGGGCGUCAGGGAUCUCAUGACAUCCUGGGUGUGCGACGUGAUAGCGGACAUCUCUGUAAUGGCUGAAUGUUGGCGCCAAAUUAUGCUGUUCCAGCCGUGGGCCCCGAGAUUACUCAAGAAAAUCCCAGCUAUUGAGGAGGAUGCAGCAAAUCAACCGGACACGAAAGAAGACAACUCGAAGGGUGCUCGCAUGUCUGCCAAGCCCAAGCCACCACCUUUGCCGGAGCUUUCGUACGAGGUAGUUCUCAAGGCCGUUCCCAUCGGCAACAAAUUCUACUACCCCAGCGACAAAAAACCGAGUAAAAGCAAUAUAGACGCGAUGAGACAAGCCGAAGCUAAUCUGGAUGAGCUCUGGAGAGUUCUGAUCCCUCCGCUGGCGGAACAAAGCUGGUUUCAAAUUUGCCAUCUUCAGGUACUCUUCCGGGAGUUGGCGAGGACACCCGUAUGGGUAGAACCCGAGCCCGCUUCACAGAUUGGGUCUACUACCGAAGAGGAUUUGGUAGUCUGCUUUGGAAUGUCUUCUAUUAGACAUGAAGUAGAUCAACCUAGGCGCUUUGUCCCACAACCAGAGAAAUUCAAGGCCAAGACCCGGUGUUCCACGACCGAUCAUGAGGCUCUCUCCGGACGUGAAGACAUCAGUUCACAUAAGACUCAGCAGGCUACGGAGUUCUCACAUGCUACAGUUCGCGUCGAUAACCGUGCAGCAAGAGUUUUCCAGCUCUUGUUCCAUGUCACCGGCUCAAAUGACCGACCUGGAGAGCUAUCAUGGACAGAGUUCCUAUAUGCCAUGACAAACGCCGGAUUCACAGCAGAGAAGUUGUACGGCUCAGUGUGGCAAUUCACUCACACUGACGUUACUACUUCGCUAGCCAGAUCAAUUCAGUUCCAUGAGCCUCACCCGAAGAAAAGCCUCCCAUACUGGAAGGCACGACGUCUUGGCCGCCGGAUGACGCGCCGUUACGGAUGGUCAUGGAGCACUUUCAUCACUGACGGCGAGUUGUCUCUAUGA